GGCGGACAAAGGGGCGGGCGGCGGCGCGCAACCCGGAGGGUGGAGCCCCGGGCCGAGCGGGCAGGUGCGCGCGGUUUGGAGGGUGGAGCCGCGAUGCCGCGAUGGAGCGCAGCCCGGGCGGGCGCCGGGACCCGGGCCCGAGCACCAGGCGGAGCGCGAGCCGGAACCGCAUCCAGAGCCCGGGCCAGGCCGGGGUCCGGGACUGCAGGGCCGGGUUGCUCGUAGCGGCGGCGACGGAGCCCCCCAGCGGUUGAGGGGCUUCCUCCCAGCCCCUUUGCGGGUGGCUGGGACUCAGCAAACCCCCGCAGCCGGGGAGCGUGGGGAUCCCCCCACCACAUCCAGAACCCAGACAACCCCAGGAAAGCGGGGUUGGGGGAAGCCUCCAGAUCCAACACAGAACGACUUACCAGCCGGCAAAGGCGAAGACUUUCUCGGGAUUGAGAAGACUCCCCCUCUUCAGUCCAGGCGACCCCCAAGACCUAGAACACAGUGACCCUCCCUUCCGGGAUUGCGGCACCCCCUCUCAAGAUUCUGGGCAAUACAACUCCACACCUCAAGACACGAAGACCCAGCUCAGAACGCCCCUAGAUCAGAGUCCUAGACCCUCCCCCCCAAUUCCGGCACACAGAAACCCCAAAUCUAGGGACCCGAGGACAGCAAGAGCUAUCCCUCACCAGCAAGAGGCCUCGGGGCAUCGCUCCCCCCCACACACACACACACACUCAAAGAUUCAGAAACCAGGCGACUGAGUCCCUCGCGGCGUCCUUCGCAUCCCAGCCCAUGGUUGUGGCGCCCUGAGCCCCUCGGGCCAGGCUGACGAAAACCGAGACGGCGCCCAGGCCCCCUGCCGCGGCGUCCCCGCGGCCCCAGCCCAGGGAGAAGAUGAGUGUGGGCUGCCCGGAGCCCGACCCGCCCCGCUCCCUGCCCUGCUGUGGGCCAGGGACGGCCCCUGGACUGGGUGCAGGCGUGCCGCUCCUCACCGAAGACAUGCAGGCGCUGACCCUCCGCACGCUGGCCGCCAGUGAUGUCACCAAGCACUACGAACUGGUCCGGGAACUGGGCAAAGGCACCUAUGGGAAAGUUGACCUGGUGGCAUACAAGGGCACAGGCACGAAAAUGGCGCUGAAAUUUGUGAACAAGAGCAAAACGAAGCUGAAGAACUUCCUGCGGGAGGUGAGCAUCACCAACAGCCUCUCCUCCAGCCCCUUCAUUAUCAAGGUCUUCGACGUUGUGUUUGAGACCGAGGACUGCUACGUCUUUGCCCAGGAGUAUGCGCCCGCCGGGGACCUGUUCGACAUCAUUCCCCCUCAGGUGGGGCUCCCGGAGGACACGGUGAAGCGCUGUGUGCAGCAGCUGGGCCUGGCACUGGAUUUCAUGCACGGGCGGCAGCUGGUGCACCGGGACAUCAAGCCUGAGAACGUGCUGCUGUUCGACCGUGAGUGCCGCCGCGUGAAGCUGGCUGACUUCGGCAUGACGCGCCGCGUGGGCUGCCGCGUGAAACGGGUCAGCGGCACCAUCCCUUACACGGCGCCUGAGGUGUGCCAGGCGGGCCGCGCGGACGGCCUGGCCGUGGACACCGGCGUGGACGUGUGGGCCUUCGGCGUGCUCAUUUUCUGUGUGCUCACCGGUAACUUCCCGUGGGAGGCGGCCUCCGGAGCUGACGCCUUCUUCGAGGAGUUCGUGCGCUGGCAGCGUGGCCGCCUGCCCGGGCUGCCGUCCCAGUGGCGCCGGUUCACAGAGCCCGCCCUGCGCAUGUUCCAGCGGCUGCUGGCUCUGGAGCCUGAGCGGCGUGGCCCGGCCAAGGAGGUCUUCCGCUUCCUCAAACACGAGCUCACCUCUGAGCUGCGGCGCAGGCCCUCGCACCGCGCACGCAAGCCCACGGGGGACCGCCCGCCGCCUGCAGGGCCGCUGCGCCUGGAGGCGCCCGGGCCGCUCAAGCGCACUGUGCUGACGGAGAGUGGCAGCGGCUCCCGACCCUCUCCCCCAGCCGUCGGGCCAGUGCCGGUGCCUGAGGCCGGUCUGGCCCCCCCAGGGCCCCCAGGCAGGACCGAUGGCCGCCCGGACAAGAGCAAAGGGCAGGUGGUGCUGGCCACGGCCAUCGAGAUCUGCGUCUGAGCCAUCCUGCUGCUCUGGCGCAGGGGGCUGAGGGUUGGUUGCUGCGCACGCAGCAGGGCUGGUUGCUGGAGCCACCCUGGGCCCGUGCCAAGCUGGUGGUGGAGGCAGCAGCAACAUGGACCAGCCCCGAGGGAGUGGUGGUAGAUUAGGCAGGAAGGCAGCCCAGGCACCCAUCCGUUCAAGGGGCUGGGGACAUGGCCACCAAAAGGCCUCUGGCCUGGCCUGUGGGGCAGGGGCUUGGCCCACAGGAGCCAAGCCCCACAGACCUGAGGAUUCAGAGCCCCCCCCCCCCAGCGCCCUCCCUCCCCAGGAGCAUGGAGCUUAUGGGUGGACUCCCAGCAGCUCCCUGAACCCUGGAACCCUGACUAGUUGCUCCCAGCCCUUUGCACCUCCUGGCAGAUGAUCCCACAGUCCCACCCUAGGUCCUGUCCUCCUGCCCCCCACCCACCCACCCUGGACACAGACAGGGCCUGAAGUGUUGGAGCAGAGAAGGGGCUUAGGGGCCCUGGGCACUGGCUGGGAAGAGGACGGUGAGCUGAGGGCAGUGUUGCCCCGCUGCCUCCUGCUGCUUCCCUGGGAGGCUGGAGGGGAGAGGCUAAGACCCCUGCAAAAUGUAGCAAAUGUCUGGAUGUUGCAAAAGUGUGUGUGUGUAUCUGUGUAUGUGCAGGCACGGGCCCUGGGAAUCUAGUGACACCCUCCAACCCAUCCCGCCGUUGAGAAUGCUGAGCCCAUGAGGAGGACAGCUUGCCUUGGCCCACACCCACUGAGAGAUGAAGCUCUGGGAGUCCUCACCCUCCUCCCCAGGGACUGAAGGGCUCCCAGGGCAGGGGAGUGAGUGCAGAGCCCAGGGCGCACCCAGCUCCCCUGCUCGCCACACCUUCCCCAGGCCCAGGGAACUGCAGAUCCUCCGUCCUUGCUGCCUGGCCCAGACAGCGUCCUGGCGUUUGGCAGGCUGUGAAGUGAUUUGUGCCAGAAAUCUCCCCUGGGUUUCUGCUGGGGUCAAAGCUGUCAGUCAGUCUCGGGCUGACCCUGUCCCCACAUCUCCCGCAUCUCUGGCCCUGGCGUGUGAUGCUAUGGGUAUGAGAACAGGGCUGCUGAGGAAGUGUGAGGGCAGUGAGUGUGUGAUGGGUGUGUGUGUGUGUGUGUGUGUGUGUAGCCUUGUGUGUUGAUGCCUCAGUAACUCUGCCCUGUCCCCGGAGUCUCACCUGGCAGCUGCCAGAGGGUGUGCAGGCCUGCUUUUCACCACACCCCUCAGGGAACCCAGCCAGGAGGCACCUGCAGGUUGGGUCAGGCCCCUCGGCAGACAAACAAAGGGGAGGGGCCCAGCCUCACCCAAGGCUCCCUCAUGCGCCCUGCCCUCUCUGGGGGAGCAGGACCCCGCAAUAACCUCAGCAUGGGUGAGACUGCUCCCUCUGCCUGGCAGGGCGCCAUCUGCCAUCCCUCCGGCCGGGGUCCCUUCUGGGGCUCUAGGCCAUUUGAGGGGCUCCUUGAAGGGCCAGGCUGACCACAGGAGCCCAGACCACCCUCUGGCCUGAGCCUCCACCUCUCUCUUCACCCUUCAUUCCUAUCAUGCAAAAGGGCUAUAGGUCCCCUGCCCUGCCUGGGUCCAGUUUACAAACAGGUUGCCCCCGGGCCUGGCCCCCUCCUCGGUGUGCCGCCCCUCUCAAGACCCACCUCUCCAGCAGGCACUGGGGCCUCCACAUGCCAGGUAAGUAGCAAAUCCCUCCUUUCACCAAGGGCCAAGGCCCCCAUCACUGCCCCUGGCCCCACUGACGCCCACCUGGGCACCUCUCCCAGCCGCAACUUCUCCUUUUGCCUUAGGCCUUUUGACAUCCUGUCUCCUGCAAUAACAAAGGAAGUGAGAUUCCAAGUAGAUGUCUCUGGAGAGUGAUCUCUCUCUCUCUCUCUCUCUGUAUCUCUCUGUCUCUGUUGAGAUCCAUGUCUUAGUAGCUAGGAUUUUAGAGUCGGGAAGGGACUGUAGUUACGUAGCCCAGCCACUUCCAGAGGCACAGGUGGUGGUGGCGAUGGCCCGACUCAGAAGCAGGGCCGGGACCAGGCUGCUCCUUCGCAGCGGGGCCUCGCCUGCGCUGCCACCGCCUCUGCCGGUUGGGCUGGGACCCUUUGCCCCUUAGGACAGGUGUUGGUCACAGGUGUUUACCUCAGUUUAUGUCACUGUCGAAGAAACAAAAAAAUAAAUAGCAAAACGUUAAUAACACCGUAGACAUGAAGACUUAGAAAACAAAAAAUACACAAAAAUAUCCUCCCCUUGCCAUUCUGUGAAGUGUGUGUGCACAUGCGUACGUGCACAUGUGUGCAAGUCUGUCCCACCCUGGGGGGCUGUGGCCCCUGUGCCCCCCGCACUGCCCCCUGUCCUUUGGUGCUUCCCAGAGGCCCCUCUGAGCUGGCCCGGGGGGUGUGGGGAGCCCCUUGGGCAGGAGGCAGGACCACAAGUAGCUAGAGGGUCUCCCACCAGGUCCCUGUGCAGAGUCUCAAAGCUGCCGAUGCUCCCCAAGCCCCACACUGGCUGACGGGACAGGUGUGGCAGCUGGCAUCGGCGCCAGGCCGGCUCAGGGCCGGUGGCGUCCCGGCCUCGUGGGUUGACGCCCCACCCACCAUGAGUCUGUAAAUACUCUGGCACCCUUUGGCCCUGAGGAGGUUUUUAAAUGUGUUAUUUACUUCUCUAAUCAUGACAAUUGCUAUAAAAUAAACGAAAACUUAGAAAAACUA